AUGACCCCGGGCCUCGCACGGCUCCUUAGAUCACCGUGGGGACUUGGUGUCGAUCACCCCUGUGUCUCUUUUCAACCCCCCCUCACCCCCCCUCCCCCCCUCCCCGCGUAUUCCCCCUUCCUCCCCCUUCCCCCCCUUCCCCCUCCUCCCCCCUCCCCUCCUCAGAUCACUCCACAUGCCUGCCAGCACAGAGUGAAAGCGAUGAUAGGAGGGCGGCAGCAUGGGUCGUGCAUGGCAGCAACUGUGCACUACAAGGUGGUCACAGAGGAGAUGCCGCUCACCCUCGCUGCUUACAUCCGGGACCGUGCAGGGCAUGACAGGCGCACGAGUGGACUCACCUCCCUCACCGUGCUGGAGGCGAGCCGUUGCCGCUGCAGGAGUGGGAGUGCAGAGACACGGAGUCGAGGAGCUGCGAUUGGUUGA